GCCGGGCACUUUACCUUCGUGGAAACAAAGGCUAUAAUCCCAAUGGCGAGAAAAAGUUUACAGAAAGAAGAAAAUACUUGGGCAACGUGUGUGUUUAAAAAUUUAAAAAGAGCAUCCCGAGACAGGAAAUGCUAUUAAAUAAUAAUUCUUCCUAUUUCCGAGUAAGAGGGCGGUGUUGACUUUCCAGCCGGAAGUUAGCAAAAAGCAAGAGCUUCACCGCCCUCGGUUGGGAGAUAGAGUCUUCCGUAUUCAUGAAUGUGGAGAGCAGGUUGCUCUUUUUUGCUGCUGUUUCAUCGCGGAGGCUCUCCUCCCUCUUUCUCUCUUAGAUAUAUAGUGUCUGUAGAAUUUCCUCUCCCUCAAUCCACAGCUGCUGUAGUUUUUUUUUCUCUGUAACUGCGGCGGCCGGAAUCUGUUUCUACAUUUAGUUUACAGCAUAAUAUGAGAAUUUUACGCAUCCCGAACCGUUCAGUAUUUGCGUUGCUGUUUCUCUUCUCCUUGUCAUCAUCAUUCCUCUACUUCAUAUAUGUAGCGCCUGGAUUAGUAAAUACUUAUCUAUUUAUGGUGCAAGCCCAAGGCAUCAUGAUUAGAGAGAGUGUGAAAACCAUGGGAUCCCAGAUGUAUGAGCAAGUGGUUCGUGGUACAUAUGCCAAGUUGAACAACAGUUUUAAUGGUACAGACUAUCCAGAUGACUUGAAUCAUAAUGAAACAUAUCUGCAAACCACAGCAUUUGUUCCUGAAGGCUUUACCUAUCAUGCAAAUCUUGCAUGUCCUGAAAGACUUCCUUCUAUGAAGGGCCCAAUCAAUGUAAACAUGACUGAAAUUUCAUUGGAGGAAAUCCAGGGGUUCUUCAGUAAGGAUCCUUACAUGCAGAUUGGUGGUCAUUGGAAGCCAAGGGAUUGCAUACCUCGUUGGAAGGUGGCAAUUUUAAUCCCUUUCCGCAAUCGUCACGAGCAUCUCCCUAUCCUUCUAAGGCAUCUGAUUCCAUUGCUGCAGCACCAGCGCUUGGAGUUUGCCUUUUAUGUCAUUGAGCAGGCAGGGUAUCACCCAUUUAACCGUGCAAUGCUCUUCAAUGUUGGAUUUUUGGAGGCUUUGAAAGAUAUGAACUGGGAUUGCAUAAUCUUUCAUGAUGUGGAUCACAUACCUGAAAAUGACCGCAACUACUAUGGCUGUGGGGAGAUGCCAAGACACUUUGCAGCCAAAUUAGAUAAAUAUAUGUACCUACUCCCUUACAAUGAAUUUUUUGGAGGAGUGAGUGGAUUAACAGUGGAACAAUUUAAGAAAAUCAAUGGGUUCCCAAAUGCAUUUUGGGGCUGGGGAGGUGAAGAUGAUGAUCUCUGGAACAGGGUGCAGUUUGCAGGCCUUACAGUAACAAGACCAGAGGGUGAUUUAGGAAAAUAUAAGUCUGUUCCUCAUCAUCAUCGAGGCGAAGUGCAAUUCUUGGGAAGAUAUGCCCUAUUGAGACAUUCGAAAGAAAGGCAACAGCUUGAUGGUCUGCAAAAUUUGAAGUACUUUCCAAACAUCACAGUUGAAUUCUUGUAUAAAAACAUAACUGUAAACUUGACACCGGAGCUGGCUCCAGUGAGCGAUUAUUAAGUGAUAAUAGUCAUAACGGAUUAGUGAGGGUUAGGGUCCUUUUUCAAGAAAAAAAAUGACGGAUAUAUAAUUUUUGCUGGCUAAAAAAUCUGCAGUAACGCAAAGCAGGACUGUAUAAUCUUGAAGAAGACAUCAACAAACUUGGUUAUGCAGAGUUUUCUGUUCAAUACCAGUGUAGAAAGAGCUGAUGGAUAUGGAACAUCAGGUUUGAAAUUCAUUAUAUCAUGAACUCCAUCAGUGUAACCUCUUAUUCACAUUUUUUCAGUUGGAUAAUAGAGCACCAACAGCCAAGUUAGAAACGUAAACUGAUGAAUCCAAGUAAGUUUCAUGGUAAUGAGUAAAACUGAAUUUUAAGGCUGCAGAACGAGAUGGAGAUAAUUACAUUGCAGUGAGCAGUUGUUUUCCAAUCAUAUGAUUCAAUUAGCUGAAAAUCAUGCCUUUUCCAAUUUUUUUUAUUCACUAGCAUUUGUUAAUUUACUUCCAGUGAAUGAUAUUUUUUGUAAAUAAGCUGUGAAUUGCCAGAUAUUUUUUUAUUUAUAGUCGACUAAACCACAAAGUUUACAUGUUGAGAUCAAUGCGUGUCAGAUGCUAUUGUAAACCAGGCACAGAAUACUCUGGACAUCACCUCUUUAGUUUUAAAUGUGAGGGAGUUUGGUUAGUACGUGCUCAUGUACAUAUGAUUUAGUGAUGUUUCAAUUGUCUUUACUGCUACGCAUUCAUGCUGCUGAAAUCCAUGGAUUGUUCUGUGUAAGUUUGUUAUUUCAACUCUCGGCUCUUAAUGUUUAAAUCUGGUUGCUUCAGUUUAUUUAGUGUAACUUUUUAAAAAAUUUGAGUCAGCUAUAUUUUGUUUCAAAAGAACUGUGUGGGCCAAUGAUACCAUGGCAAUUUGUUAUCAAUUGGUAAAAUGCAAGACUGGAAGUGUGGAAUAUUGUGGCAACAUCAACUCUAUAGUACUGAGAUUCUCCUCUUCCAAAAUGCGUUGUUUUGAGGGUCCAAUUAUCUCCUUUGAUCCAAGGCAGCUGAUAACUUUGAUGUAUCUGCCUGAAUAAAUCAUGUAUUUUCUUUGUCAUUUCUACCAACCUACCCUUUCCUACCCACCACCUUAACUGCCACAUUUGUGAAGGUCAGCUUUAUCAAGUUGGUGCUAAUGCCCAUUUAAGUUAAUAGCUUUUUGAAAUAUUUCUAGUAUUAGAUGUUGUAGUACACUACAUUAGGAUAUGGAGUUAUACUUAAGGUUCUUAAGAGUUUGUAUCAAGGAUAAAUGAGGUAUUUCUCCUUGUUGGUAGAAAAUGAUGAGCCUAUCUGUGGCACUUUGAUUUUUCUGCAGGGGUCUGUUAUGCACACCAAGAGAAAGGAUGAGCAACAUAGAAUGUCUUUUUUAAAGAUAUAAUAUGGACAUGUAUGUAUCUGUAUAUUUUUGUAUUCAUCUUUGGUUUGCAAUUUUUAAUUGUUCAUGAGCUCAUCUACCAAUGAAUGGUAGUGACAUCAUGCAGACCCCAUCCUCUGCAGUAAGGAACAAUCCAUGUGAAUAAAUUUCUGGGUCAUGAUCAGUCAGUAUGAGAGGACAUCUAAGGAUGGAAUUCAUCCUGUCCAUUGUUUUGUUUUAGCCUAAAGGUUGGUUUGAGUACAUAACAAAAUUCUUUUGGACUCAGCUAAUUUUUUUGUUAAAAUUUUCAAGACGGAAUUUCAUUCAAUUAGACUUCUGUCCUUGAAAGGCUGUUAGCCUUAUUCACUUGCAUUUAAAGCUGAUGUUUCACAAGAGUAUUAUAUAUAUGCACAUAUAUAUAUAUAUUUAAAGUUAGAGUAUGAUGCAGGUAGAGCGUGUGGCAAUAAAGAAAAUACCGAUUGCUAUUGAUAGUGGUUCAAAAUGAUAAUGUAUUGCUGUUUCUGAAACCAGUAUAUUGCUUUGAAACAGAAAAUAAGCUUAGUUGUGUUUCAUUUUGAUUAUAGCUACAUGUAACUAUAUUUUGUGCUUACCCCUCUUUUCUAUUCUCCUACAGAUUCUUGCAUCCUUAUUCCUAUCAUUCUCUCUUCUCCCCUUUGCCCCUUAUCCCCUAUUGUCACUCUCCUCCCCCACCCCCUAGCACCAUCUCCAGACCAUCCAAAUGGCUUUGAAGCACUUAAAUAUAUAGAGUUCAUGGUUUGGUGUUUUCUAUACUAUUUAAGUUUUGUGUAUUUCUGUAAAGGAGAACAAAUUCAUUUGCAUGUCCCCAUCUGCUAGCAAAAGCAUCUUUCAAAAAUGCAAAACUUGGUUGUCCAUUGGGAAUCUGCCGUAAGACAGAGAACACCCUAAUCUACAAAGUAUUACUGCUUGUGGUAAUUUGCAAUUAUAAUUUUUAAUGUGACUAUCAAGUGAUUUGAACCAUAUUUUGGAGAAUAAAUAUACGUUUCCAUUAUUUCAUCUAAGGUUCCCUUUCCACAACAAACUUGGUUCAUGCUGUGGCAAAUCUUAGUUUCCCAUUCUAGUCAUUUCUAUUGGUGCACCGGCCCCAUCGUAUACAAAUAUUUUCCAUAAAUAGCCCUGGGCAGACAAGUUAAUAGAAGAAAGCCAGGAAUCUUAAAUUUUGACAGAACACUGCAGGCGGUUGUGCAAAACACUUAAUACAAUCUUUUCUCCAAUGUUGGCAUGAAUUGUUUAUAAAAUAUUGUUUAUUUUAUUUGUUGUAUCGUCUAGUUUUUGCAUGUUUCUAAGUAGAGCUGGACAAAUCAGCAAAGUUCUCAACCUGUGCACUGAAAAACAUCAAAGUAUUACUUCUCACCUCAAAGCCUUCUGUCUUUCACAUGUUUGAUCAUUUGUUUAUACAUUUUUGUAUUAAUUUAUGGAUAAUUUUCAAUAAAAAGUGACAUCUAAUGAGCUUGUGUAGCACAUCAGUAAUUCA